CUCCGGGCAGGUAGAGCCGGGCUCCGGGCGCGCGGGGGCCGCAGCAGCUGCCGCCCCACCUCGCCUCGGCCCUGCGCACAGCCUCGCGCGCCCAUGGCGGGCUCGGAGCAGCAGCGGCCGCGGCGGCAGGACGACGGAGAAGCGGCGGCCGCGGCGGCCGCGGCGGCGCCCCUGCAGGACGCGGAGCUGGCCCUGGCUGGCAUCAACAUGCUGCUCAACAACGGCUUCAGGGAGUCGGACCAGCUUUUCAAACAAUACAGAAAUCAUAGCCCGUUAAUGAGUUUUGGAGCCAGCUUCGUCAGUUUUUUGAACGCCAUGAUGACAUUUGAGGAGGAAAAAAUGCAGUUGGCAUGUGAUGACUUAAAGACAACAGAGAAGCUCUGUGAAAGCGAGGAGGCUGGAGUAAUUGAAACCAUCAAGAAUAAAAUUAAGAAAAAUGUUGACGUCCGAAAAUCUGCCCCCUCUAUGGUUGAUCGGCUUCAGAGGCAAAUAAUCAUUGCCGACUGUCAGGUGUAUCUGGCUGUGCUCUCGUUUGUGAAACAAGAAUUGUCAGCCUAUAUAAAAGGUGGGUGGAUCCUUAGGAAAGCCUGGAAGAUUUACAAUAAAUGCUAUCUGGACAUCAAUGCCCUUCAGGAACUGUAUCAGAAGAAGCUAACUGAAGAGCCUUUGACUUCUGACGCUGCAAAUGAUAAUCACAUUGUGGCUGAAGGGGUGUCUGAGGAGUCUCUAAACAGACUGAAAGGUGCUGUUAGCUUUGGAUAUGGCCUUUUUCACCUUUGCAUAUCCAUGGUGCCCCCCAACCUGCUCAAAAUCAUCAACCUGCUGGGUUUUCCUGGAGACCGCCUGCAAGGGCUUUCUUCACUGAUGUAUGCAAGCGAAAGUAAGGACAUGAAGGCCCCUUUAGCUACCUUGGCACUGCUCUGGUAUCAUACCGUAGUCCGCCCGUUUUUUGCCUUGGAUGGCAGUGAUAACAAAGCAGGCCUGGAUGAAGCCAAGGAAAUUCUUCUCAAAAAAGAAGCUGCUUAUCCAAAUUCCUCCCUCUUCAUGUUUUUCAAGGGACGCAUACAACGAUUAGAGUGUCAAAUCAACAGUGCCUUGACUUCUUUCCAUACCGCUUUGGAGCUCGCGAUAGAUCAGAGAGAAAUCCAACACGUCUGUCUGUAUGAAAUAGGUUGGUGCAGCAUGAUCGAGCUGAACUUCAAGGAUGCAUUUGAUUCCUUUGAGAGGCUGAAAAACGAAUCCAGGUGGUCCCAGUGCUAUUAUGCCUACUUAACUGCGGUUUGUCAGGGAGCUACCGGUGACGUGGAUGGGGCACAGAUAGUCUUCAGAGAAGUUCAGAAACUCUUCAAAAGGAAAAACAACCAGAUUGAACAGUUCUCAGUGAAAAAGGCAGAGAGAUUUCGGAAGCAGGCUCCGACCAAAGCGCUGUGCGUGCUGGCCUCCAUCGAAGUGUUGUACCUGUGGAAAGCCCUUCCCAACUGCUCCCUCCCCAACCUGCAGAGAAUGAGUCAAGCUUGCCACGCGGUGGAUGAUUCAUCUGUCAUCGGAUUAAAGUAUUUGCUUCUUGGUGCCAUACACAAAUGUCUAGGAAACUCAGAAGAUGCUGUUCAGUUCUUCCAGCGAGCUGUUAAAGAUGAGUUGUGUCGUCAGAAUAACUUAUACGUUCAGCCAUAUGCCUGCUAUGAACUUGGCUGUCUUCUGUUAGACAAACCAGAGACCGUAGCAAGAGGCAGAACUCUACUUCUUCAAGCAAAGGAGGAUUUCUCUGGCUACGACUUUGAAAACAGAUUGCAUGUCCGCAUCCAUGCUGCUCUGGCCUCUCUGAGGGAAUUGGUGCCUCAGUGACGACAUGGGGUUCCUGUUCUGUCCCUCCCCACCAGGUUCUGCACUUUAAAAUAAAAGCAAGAGGACACAGCUCUUCCGAAGACCGGCUUUUCUUCUGAAAACCACCUGUGCCAGGGACACACUUUCCUAGUUAGGCUGACAUAUUCAAGAUCUCCUCUUUUAAACAUAUAGCUAAGAAGUAAUGAUAAUGAUGAUCCUAGUAAUUAUGACUAACCACCUGGGGAGAGGGCUAAGUGACCUUGUUCAUACAUUUUAGUUUUGUGAUUUAUUUUUAAAAUAAAAUCAGACUAAAUACUCAACCUGUGAUCUUCUAGGAACGCCUACCUUAAGCACACAUCUGACUGGGUACGCUAGGAGGUACCUGUAAAAUUAUCAACAGUAUUAUGACAUAGCGUUUAUAUUGUGUUUUGAAAAAAAAAAUAAAAGUGCUUUCUAGUGUUUUACUUUAUCCUCUAACCUGUGAGUAGCACAGCACAGAUUUUCUUAUCCCCAUUGUCUAGACAAUGAAACUCAGGCACAAAAAGGCGAAUUGACUUGUCCCAUUCGAUGAUUCCUGUUAGCAGCGGAGCGAUGACUAGAACGCGGAUCUCCUGAUCGCAGAUAGAAUAUUUUUGUUCAAAAAAUGUUAAGAACCCAGAAUUUUGUUUCCUUAUUAAAACACAAAUGGUCUUCAGCUGACGUGUCAUCAAAAAAUGCUUUUCUUUAGAUUGUCUACAAAAUGUUUCAGAGUAAUGAACACUUUUUUUUCCUUUGAAAGCCAACCAGGUAGGCCUAAUAGUUUUUACAACCAAAAGUAGAACUAUUUUGCUAGUGUAUUAGAAAGCCUAGUCUAUAGGCUAGAUAAAUAAUACCUACAUUUUAGGAGUUUCCUUUUCUUUGUGAUAAAUUGCCCAAUUACCAGCUUUUGGAAGUCUUUUAACAAAUUUCUCGAAAAGGUUAUUCUUGAGUGAACGUAGGGUUUUUUUGCCUCAGAAUGUUUGCUGGUGAAGGAUUUGCUGGGCUGUCUGUUGCCAGGGUUUAAUCCUUUUCUCUUCAGCUCAGGUUAUUCUGUAUAAGGAGUCCAGAGUUAAUUUUUAAUCCUUCAUCGCUAAUUUUUUAUUGUCAUUUAAUUUACCUCUUUAUCCAGUACUGCACACCUGUGGUUUGGAAGAGUCAAAAUACCUCAGCCACUUAAGAAUUUCUGCCAUAGUUGUGUGACUAACAUGGUUCAGGCUUAAGGUUAGACCUUUAAAACUUUAUAUUGAGUUAUAGAGUAUCAUCUUGGGGUGUCAUUUACAUAUCCUUUUAGCUGAAGCAUGUUCUCCUGUGAUCUUAAUACUUUAAUAUUUCUUUUCCAAAUAAAACAUAGGAGGAGCAGCUAGAAUGUUGACAGCUUUAAUCUACUUAAUCUGGUUUUGAGGGAAUGAUAAUUUCCUUGAAUUAAUCCUCACUGACUUUGACUAAACUAUAUUCAUGAUUCCUUACUUCCAAAAUGUUUAUUCACAUUGACUUUCUUUCUGGUGUGAAUCCUGCAUGGAUUUUUGACACUAGCCAGAGAGAAAAGAUUGCUAUCUUACAUUCAGUGAAUGAGUCAAUCCAGAAGCCAAAUAGAUGCUUCUUGAAGAGAAAAAUUGGUGUUAAAAGUAUUGGAUACCUAAUCUCAUCAAGGCUUAAGGGAAGAAGGUUAUGAAUUGGUAAAAUAUGGCUCUUGGCCAUUCUGUUCUCUUAGGCUAUAGCAUAUGAGGCAAACUUCCCAGUUAUGAUUGUAGGGCAUUCUGAAUCAAGAAGUUCUUGGUUCAGUUCGUACUUAGUUGAAUUUUCAGUUCAAAUAUUGUUUGAACUAUUAUUUACUACUCAAAGAUUACAUAAAGCCCUGUACUUUAAAAUAAAAAGUGAUUCCUAUCCUAAUUGCUGUAAAAAUUUGUUUGUAUCUCUCCAAAGAUUGCAGGAUUUCAAAUAACCAGUUCACUGAAUAGACAACUUUACCAUGUCCCUUUAAUAGAGAGUGGGUUUGAUUAUAAACUGAUCCUGCAUUUGGUACAGGACAGCCCCUGUAGUUUAUGCAUGUUAGCAGGGUGGUAGAGUAUGGAGAUGGGGUAGAGGAUGAUUCUCAAGUCUCCAAAAUAACCAAACCACAGUGCAGGCGUAUGGUACCAUUAGAUUGACGGAAAUCUGAGUACACUUUUGAGCUGAGUAAUUCAUGACCUUUUUCUGGCCUGCGUGCCAUGAAUUAUCCAACCUGUGAACUGUGAUCUGCCUGGAAACUUAGCUUGGUGUAAACUGCUCUUUACCCCUCGUGGAUGAAGAAAAUAAUCAUAUAACCUGAA